UGCUUAUUUCUUUUUAUGUUGUUUCAGAUUUGUGGCUGCUGUUUCUCUACCAGCAGUCAUCGCAACACCAAAUUUUAUACUGAUGCUGUGGAAGCAGUAAAAGACAUACCAGAUGGGGCAACUGUUCUUGUUGGUGGUUUUGGAUUGUGUGGCAUUCCAGAGAACCUCAUAGGAGGCUUACUGAAGACUGGAGUAAAAGGGCUAACUGCAGUCAGUAACAAUGCAGGCGUUGAUAAUUUUGGACUUGGUCUUUUACUUCAAACUAAGCAGAUUAAACGAAUGAUAUCAUCCUAUGUUGGAGAAAAUGCAGAAUUUGAACGACAAUACUUAUCUGGAGAGUUGGAAGUUGAGCUUACACCUCAGGGUACACUUGCUGAGCGAGUCCGUGCAGGAGGGGCAGGAAUUCCAGCAUUUUUCACAAGCACAGGCUAUGGGACGUUGGUACAAGAAGGAGGAGCCCCUAUCAAAUACAACAAAGAUGGUAGCAUUGCCAUUGCCAGUCAGCCAAGAGAGGUGCGGGAGUUUGAAGGUCGCCACUAUAUUAUGGAGAAAUCAAUUACAGGUGAUUUUGCACUUGUGAAGGCAUGGAAGGCUGAUCGCUCAGGAAACGUUAUUUUCAGGAAAACUGCAAGAAACUUCAACCAACCUAUGUGCAAAGCUGCCAAGAUAACUGUGGUAGAGGUUGAAGAAAUUGUUGAUGUAGGAACAUUUGCUCCAGAAGAUAUUCACAUUCCAAAGAUCUAUGUGCACCGUCUCAUAAAAGGAGAGAAAUAUGAAAAGAGAAUUGAACGAUUAUCCAUCCGAAAGCCUGAAGACUCAAAAGGCAAACAAAAGAAGGAAGGAGAUAAUGUGAGAGAGAGGAUCAUCAGGCGAGCAGCUUUAGAGUUUGAAGAUGGCAUGUAUGCUAAUCUGGGCAUAGGAAUUCCACUGUUGGCCAGCAACUUCAUCAGUCCAGACAUUUCAGUUCAUCUGCAGAGUGAAAAUGGAGUCCUGGGCUUGGGUCCUUAUCCACUUGAAAACGAGGUAGAUCCAGACCUGAUUAAUGCAGGUAAAGAGACAGUCACCGUUCUUCCAGGUUCCUCCUAUUUCUCUAGUGAUGACUCAUUUGCAAUGAUUAGAGGAGGUCAUGUUGAUUUGACAAUGCUUGGAGCAAUGCAAGUGUCUAAGUAUGGUGAUCUGGCCAAUUGGAUGAUACCCGGCAAGAUGGUGAAAGGAAUGGGCGGUGCUAUGGACUUAGUGUCUAGUGCACGAACCAAAGUGGUUGUCACCAUGGAGCACUCAGCCAAGGGCAAUGUCCACAAAAUUAUGGAAAAAUGCAAUUUGCCACUCACUGGGAAACAAUGUGUAAAUCGGAUCAUUACAGAGAAGGCUGUUUUUGAUGUCGACAAGAAAAAGGGACUGACUCUGAUUGAAAUCUGGGAAGGACUGUCAGUAGAUGAAAUCAAGAGUUGCACUGGCUGUGACUUUACAGUUUCACCAAAUCUCACACCAAUGAGGCAGAUUUCAUCCUGAAAAGCAAGAUGGUCUGUACUUCCCAGAGUACUUGUUUCCAAACAGGAACUUAGUAAAAGGGAAAUCAGUGUAUGUUUUGCAAUUAUACUUUUUUUUUUUUAAAGGGCUUUUAAAGUAGUUUCCUGGUAGUUAAACUCCAGCUAUGAUAGUUCUGAAUAGCUGUUUCUCACAUGACAUUACAGUCCAGUUUUAAAGAAAAGGUGAAUUUCAAACCUGAUUUUUGAUAACAUAUUACAGCCAUGAUUGUUAAUAAGUAUACUGGCUCAAGAAAAUGCCUUUUAGAAGCAGUCUUACUGCUGAGGACUACCUUUUUUUUAAAAAAGGACAUACCUGUUGUGCCAACUGAAAAUGCAUAUGCCUAGUUCCAACUGCCUGUGGCAAAACUCCCAUUGAAAUCAAUGGGAGCAAUUUGGCCCUUAGCCUUGAAUGUAUGUUCAUUUUCUAUUAUGUCUAUGUACUGGGGUUGAAAAGGAAAGGGUAUAUCUUCUAGAGUAUGACUCUGGCCCCUUCUGUUUGAAUGAUAAUACCCAUAAAUGUAUAACCCAGAAAGGGGGUAUUUUGAGGGAAAAAUACAAAAGGUCUCCUCCCUCAAGCCAUGCAAGUUGGUCUUGCAAAUGAAUAUGGGGUCACAAAAAGGAACUGUGAGUGGAUGGGGAUGCUGGGUGGUGAGGAGAAAGAGCUAGUGACUUUAGAAGAGCCAGAUAAAGGAGCUCCUGUUCAAAUUCAGAUUGAGGAAAGGUUUAAAGUGAUAAGCUCCCUGUUUUCAGCACUUUCCCCAGCUCUUGCUGAUCCAAGAAGCAAGUAGUGUUUCAGGACCCAAACUCAUAAGAUCACUAGAAUGCCUCGGUGUAGAAGUCACAGUGAAGAUGAAAUGCAAUUUCCUUUCCUGAUGUUUCCUACCCUCUCACCUUCCCACUUGGUAAAGCUUUUCCCUUUCCAACUCUGAAUCACAAAGAGAACUAUUGUUUUUUGAUAUGGUAUGAUUCUGACAGCACAGGUCCUUCCUUCACAGUUCAAUACGUGUAAAUCCAGUAUUUGGAAUCCCAAUUCACUAAAGUCCACAUUAACCAAAGCCUAAUACUCGCUCCUGACACAGUGGCUUCCCAUUCUACUAAAUAUUUUGGAAGUCCCCAAAAUGCUAUUGUUAAAGGAGGUCCUGUCAUACAUGUGACAUCAGCAUUAUGGGUCAGCAGUGUGUCAGGAAGCCAUGCCAUGAAUGAACGAAUAAAUAAAUAAACAUGAGCAACCCAGGCAGUGAGAAAGGAAAAAUCAAACUUGAGACAGAUGAGGGAGUCUCCCACUUCUUAAAGUGCUAUUUGCUUGGUGUUGUGGGAAGAGCAGGGGAUGUUCUGAAAAUAGCACUGGGAGCUGGAAAUAGUCCUCCCAUGGCCUAGCUCCCUCAGUGUCCUUGGGCUUCUCUCCCACAUAUCCCUCACUUUAAUGGGGAAUAAUACUCCUUUACAGGGUUCUUACAAAAUUAGGCCUGUUCUACACACACUUUGUAUUGGUAUAACUAAUGUCAUUAGAGGUGUGAAUGUUUAUUGCUAUUCUGGUACAGCCUUACUGGGGGUACAAUUAUACCCACAUCUAUAUUCCAUACCAAAAUAGCAUCUCCUUUUUUUCAGAAAUAAGGUGUGCUAACAUAAGCACCUGUACACCAGUAAUAACUCUAUACUGCUAUAAAACGUGGGUGUGUAGCCAAGGCCACCAAGUGACUAUCUGAAUAAGAAAGGUGUUGUGUAAGUGGUAGGUCAGGUUUCAUAUAAAAAGAGUUUUGUCUGAUACUUAAUUUGUUUGAAAGAUUUGAAGUGACACUGGAAAAACCACUCCAGAAUAACAGCAAGCAACAGUCCUGUACUGGCCCUAGUUUCCAACUAGCUCUAAGGUCAGGAGGAUUCCUGUAUUAUAAGCUCCGGGGGAAGAUGUCUAUUAAUGAUUUGAUCGUUUCCACCCAUUUGGAGUAAAACCAAAAAAUCAGAUUUAAGAUGUUAUUCCUGAGGGUUUUGUAUAGCUAGAUUUCUCCAGGGUUGCUCACUAAUGGCUCUGCUAUUAUGAAAAAUAAUGUCCUGUGGGUUUGGAUAAAGCAAUUCUGGGUUGAUGAUCGAGCAGCUAAGUAACCUGAGCUAAUUCACCAAGUCCCCUCGCUUAUAUUGGUUGCUGCUGAGAGAGUACUUCUGGUGAUGUGUAAAGUAAAAAGUGCAUAUUGUUAUCUAAGGAUCAGUUAAUACUCACUUUUGAUGCAAUGAAUGGGAUCAUAAAUGGGUUCCUGCUAGUAAUUACUCUUAAAUUUACUAAAGAACACUCAGUGUGUGUGGUGGUGGUGGUAGUGGUGGUGAUGUUUUUCAAAGAAAAAAACAUAAAACAUAUCUAAGGAUGGAAUUUACUACACCUUUAAUACUUUCCAUUUGUCUAUAAAGAAAACUAUGUUUAAAUAAGAAAGGGAAAAUAUUAAGACUAUCUAGAGAAUUUAAUAUUAUCUAAUGAAAUUAACUAUAUUAAAUUAAGCUCAAUAGCAAUUAAUUUGGAGGAGACUUAGGGUUUUCCCUCCAAGUUUGUUUACCACAGUUAUGGAAUCUUAAAGGUGCAAGAGUACAGCAGCAAAUAUAUAUUAUUUCUUCCCCCAGGAUCCCUCAUUCACAUGCACUUAUAGAUGCCUCAUUAUCAUUAGAAUUGAUGUUGAUGAAAGAGAGGAAUAAACUAAUAGUAGUUAGAAGGUCUUAAAAUCCUAAGCAAAGGACUAGAAGCCAAGAACUCUUGAGCUAUAAUCUUAGCUUUUGUGAUAUUUUAGUUGUAGCCUUGGAAGAGUUACACAUGCACAUAUACAUACACAUGCACUUAAGUUUCUCCAGCUGUAAAAAAGAGAGUUGUGCGGAGUUAAUUAGCUAAACUCUGUACAGCAAAUAAAUUGUUUCCUCCUUUGAUCAAGAGUAUAAAAGAACAUUUGGGGACUGACAUGUAUGAUGAAUGUUUUGGAUGUGAUUCUACUCACACUUUGUAUCAGCAUCACUCAGGAGAAUUGAAUUCAAUAGAGUUACACUAGCAAGUGGAGAUAAGAGUUGAAUCGGGGCUUAUCAGCAUACAACUAUUUUGCUAAUGUCUGUCUACCAUCCUAUCUGUAUUUGCCUCAGUAACUUGAUCCUAUGGGAAGGGUAUUUGUAUUCUUAUAAAACUGUCAAGUAACCCUCAUAAGCCAACUGUCCUAAUGUUGUGGUCCUGUUUUAUCAAGACUUGUAUUAUCAUGAUGAGUGACAAUGUAUACACUUGAUUUUCAUAGCAGCCAAAGGCAUUCUUGUUAGUCAGUUGGACAGCUUUCCUAUUGAAGAGCACUGAACAAGCAAGUCUGGUUCAUAGCUGAAAUGUACAAACUAGGUACUAGCUGUGAUGACAGGUUCUCCUUUCUCCGCUCCAUAACAACAUGAAGGCAGGAAGUACAAGGAAGGUCCAGUGGGAUAUCAAUGAGAUCAUUGGCUGAAUAGCAGCAUUUCACAAGACAGAGAUAACAUAAUGCCCAUCAGUUGAAGAAGGUGGUAAUUCUGUCAAAUCACUGACAGAUUUCUCUUUCUAAUUGUUUAAAUCAAUACUUCUCUUUUUUUUGUCCUUUGCAGAAGCAAAAAAAGUGAACUGGUGGUAUAGAUGACUAUUGUACUGUAAACUAAAUGUCAAAGUCCUUUAUGUGUACUUGCAAGACAAUAAAAAUUAAAAGAUUUUAAAAGGG